AUGGGGUUUGAAGAAAAGGGCUCACCCAGCCCGGCUGGUACAGCUGUCGACGUUGACGUUGAUGUUGCUGAGUCUCAAACUUACAGCCGCCCGAAACGAUGGCUGUCGAAGAUCUCGGCAAUGGGCGUCGAAGUGCGCGGUAUAACUCCCAUACCGCUUGAGGAGCGUACCGACAAGCGCUUCAUCAACGUUUUCUUUGUGUGGUUCACCAUGAGCACCAACCUCCUACCUCUGGCUUGCACCGUUCCCGCCGCAUACUUCAGCACUUUUGGUUCAAGAACCGGAUUGCGACAAAUGCUUCAUGCACGAUAUACAUUUGGUUAUUACUUGAUCUCUAUCAUAGUGGCUCUCAAUCUUUGCACCAUUGCUGGUUUCGGAGUCAUCGAUUGUGUCCUCGGCGGCUCUACCCUAUCCGCUGUCUCGAGUGGAAAAAUUGAUGACACCGUGGGCAUCGUCAUCAUUGCUAUUAUUGCAAUGGUCGUAUGCUUCGGUGGAUAUCGUGCCCUGCACCAAUAUGAGCGAUAUUCAUGGAUAUUUGCUCUGUUAGCGAUCAUCAUUGCAACCGGUGUAGGUGGCAAGAACCUGAGCAAGCAGGUAGAGACUGAGCCUGCUUCAGCUGCAACGAUCAUCGGCUAUGGUGGCGUGAUUGCGGGAUUCUUGAUCCCAUGGGCAGCCAUGGCUGCCGACUUCAGUGUCUAUUGCGACCCGUCCGUUACUACCUGGCGAAUCUUUGCCUACACAUACGCUGGCCUCUUCUUCCCGACAGUUCCCCUCAUGGUUCUUGGAGCCGCAAUUGGAGGCGCCACGCCGAACAUUCCAUCAUGGUCUCAAGGUUAUGAUGACUUCAGCGUGGGCGGUGUCCUCCAGGCCAUGCUGCUUCCUGCUGGCGGUUUCGGCAGAUUCGUCGCUGUUCUCCUUUCCCUGUCAGUCAUCGGUAACUUGGCAGCCGCCAUGUACUCGAUCUCGCUCAACUUCCAGCUUCUCCUGCCUUUCUUCGUCCGCGUUCCACGCUUCGUGUUCUCCAUCGUCUACACUAUCGUGUGUAUUCCUGUUGCGAUCACGGCUGCCAAGUCAUUCUUUGACAGUCUUGAAAACUUCAUCUACCUAAUUGCCUACUGGUCAGCAGCUUUUGUGUCCGUGGUCGCCAUAGAGCACUUCGUUUUCCGCAAGGCAGACUGCAGCUCGUAUGUUGUCGCUCACUGGGAUCAACCCAGCAAGCUGCCUACUGGUAUUGCUGCAAUUGGAGCAAUGGGUCUUUCGUUUGGUCUAGUUGUGCCAUGCAUGUCCCAAAUCUGGUAUACAGGGCCGUUGGCUGUUACUACGGGUGAUAUUGGAUUCGAAGUUGCUUUGGUUCUCGCAGGUCUGCUCUACCUACCUCUUAGGUGGAUCGAAUUGAAGUUUCGCGCGGCUUAG